CUUCUAGGUACAGGUUAACAUUUGCAACACCUGAGUUCUAUGAAACGACGACAGGUGGUAAAGAGUAAAGGCUUCACAAAGCUUUCAUUGGAAUUUUUGAUUUCACAUAAUAUGUAUCACCCCUAAAUUCAGCGGUUUUGUACAUAAAAUAAUCUCAAGUUGAUUUGGCAGGUGCAAAAUAAUUUUUGUUAAAUAGGUAUGUGUUAAAAAUGAUAGCAUUCUUUCGUCGUAGACUGUCCCUUUCAAGGAACACUGAGGACAAUAGCACUAAUUCGGAUGGUUAUGGCCACCGGAGACGUCGAACUCGUAGUAUGAACGAACCACAACACGUUGGAAGUAUGGAAACGGACCCCUUUCUUAACUCAAGUUCACCAUCCAGUCUGAAGAACAACGGAAUGAACGGAGAUGUGCCUCAGAACUGUAGCAAAAAGGAUUUGCUGCUUUUAGCAAGACUAGAACAACAAAACAAAUUAAUCGAAUCGGACUCCAAAUCACUGAAUUCUUUGGCAUCAUCACAUUCCAGAAAAUCCUCGAACACGAGUCAGGUGUCAUUUAAUUCGGGGAACAGCCCACAGAGUCUAGCAGCGGACGAUGAGCAAGAAGAUGUAUGGAUGACCUGGGGUCAGGUAGUCAAUGAAUGGGGUCUUUAUGUCAAAAAGAAACAUGCUUAUGUGAAGGAUUUGGUGAGGAAAGGGAUUCCACAUCAUUUUCGUGGUAUUGCCUGGCAACUGUUGUGUAACGCACAAGUUUGUCCAGCAAAAAAUAACUAUGCCGAGUACAUUAAGAGUUAUUCACCAUGUGAAAAAGUCAUUAGACGAGAUAUUGCAAGGACUUACCCUGAACACGAAUUUUUUCGCGAAAAAGAUGGAGUGGGUCAAGAGAGUCUCUUUAACGUUAUGAAAGCUUAUUCCCUUCAUGAUAAAGAAGUGGGUUAUUGCCAAGGAAGUGCCUUUAUUGUUGGAUUGUUAUUAUUACAGAUGCCAGAAGAAGAAGCAUUUAUUGUCCUGGUGAGAUUAAUGGAAGACUACAGAUUACGAGAAAUAUACAAACCUACUAUGGCUGAACUAGGCUUACGCAUGUACCAACUAGAGUGUAUAGUCCAGGAAAUUCUACCUGAGCUUCACAUGCAUCUCCAAUCACAGAGUUUCCACACCUCAAUGUAUGCAUCAUCUUGGUUUUUAACACUCUUCACGGCUUCCUUACCCUUCCAACUUGCUUGCCGAGUCAUGGACCUUCUGUUAUCAGAAGGAAUGGAAGUUGUUUUCAGAAUAGCCAUAGCAAUACUCCAGUUAUGUAAAGAAGAUCUAUUACAAUUAGAUAUGGAAGGAAUGUUGAAAUAUUUUCAGAAAGAGAUGCCAUCAAAAUGUGAAACUGAUCCUGAUUAUCUAAUCAACAUGGCCUUACAAGUCAGUUAUAAUAGCAAGAAAAUGAAAAAAUUAGAAAAAGAAUAUUCAGUUUUAAAAACAAAAGAACAAGAAGAAAUGAUAGAAAUGCGGAGAUUAAGGACAGAAAAUAGAAUUCUCAAACAAAGGAUUGAAAACCUAGAGCAGGAAAGUACUACAUUAGCUGAUAGGUUAAUACAAGGACAGGUUAGUCGAGCUCAGGAAGCAGAAGACAACUUUGUAAUCAAGAGGGAACUAGUUGCUCUGCGGGAUAAGGAAAAUUCAAUAAGACAAGAACUAAAAGAAGCCUACAAGCAAAUUCAAGAAUUGCACAAGGUUGGUUCUCAGCCUCCUUCAUUGGACAUGUAUACAGAUGACAUUAUCAAGUCAUUGCAGGAGGAGCUGGUAGCUGUGAAGCUCAGGGAUGCAGAGAAAGAAGAUCUUAUAGAACACUUACGACAGAAAAUUCAGGAGCUUGAAGAGGACAAUAAAAUACUGCGAGAAACUAAACCUGAUAAUUCCAUUGCUAACCUACAAGAAGAGUUGAUUGCCAGUAAACUGCGAGAAGCUGAGGGUCACUUGGCUAUGAAGGAACUUCGACAGAAAGUUGCAGAUCUCUAUCUGAUGUGGGAGACACACUUAAGUGAGUCACAAACCAACUGCCCGUCACCAUCUAAAAAACAGGAGAAAACAAUGCUUGUCCAGUUACAGGAAGAUUUGCUUUCAGCAAAACUUCAUGAAGCAGAUGUUACAGCAGAACUGAAGGAACUGAGGCAGAAAAUUAUGGAACUAGAAACUCAGAAUCAGGUAAGUUUGAAUCAGAUACGACGCCAAGUAGAAGAAGUAGAGAAAUUACAGGAAAAGUUGGAAACAGUAUCAGCUAAGAAAAGAAGUCUUCAGAGCCAGCUGAAAGAAGAACAAAGGAAGAACGUAGACUUGCAUUCACAGAUGAAGGAAGAACGGGUAAUGUCACGGAUUCGGGAAGUUGAACAAACUCAAAUCAUAGCAGAACUGAAGCAGAAGAUUUCAUCAUUAGAGAUCAAGAACCAAGAGAUAGUAACUGCUGGACAGCUAUCCUCAGGAGGAGAAAGCGAUGACAUUAAGGAUCUCCAUGAUCGACUAGCAGACCUAAAAGCUGAGGUGAUGCGAUUAGAAACCCAAAACCGAAGGCUGAUAUCUACAGUGGCUCUUCAAAACUUGCGUCUGAAUAGCAACGGUAGUAAAACUUGUAACUUUUCAGAAGAGUCUCUUAGCCAUGUAAAUAGCCUAUUGGAAUUAACUAUUGGUAAAAGUAACAAAGUUGGAGAUGAUGUGUUGAGUGACCAAUUACUGCACCUUGGGAGGGAGUCAAAUCACAUGACCAGCAAAGACCUGUUCAAGAAUGGUAAAUUGAAUGGAGAAAUUUGAAUGCUGUGAUGACCAUUACAAGCCAGGGCAUUGAACAUGCAUGAUUGACUGUGAAACAGUAAAAAACAACACUGCCUUGUUUUUAAUUAUAGAAAGUUAUAUAUGUUGAUUGUUUGAAGUUAUAAAUAAGGGUUGAAAGAAAUGCUUCAUUUAUUACAUUAUAAAUUUGUUGCAAAGAAUCUACAAUUACAAGCCAGGUAUAUAAUUAUAGAAAGCAGAGUAAGUUACUUAGCAAUGUAUCAUUAUGAUAGUAAACUGCCAUUUGGAAUUACAUCUCCACAAAAGCAAUAAAAAAAAUAUUGGUGUUGUGUAAUACAUUUUGAGACUAAAAAGUAAAUGUAUCUUAAAUGACAGAUCAUUAGAAAAUAGCAUUUGUAAUCUAAGUUGUAAAUUAAGAAUCAUAAAGUUUGGGAUUUGUUUAAAGCGUGCAUCCAGAUUUGUUGCAACACGUUUUUCUUUCUUGCUUUUAUGUAGUUUUGUUUCACCACUUGUACCUAAAUAGCAAAUGUUAAAACUGGUGUCCCUUAUUUAAUCAUUUUAACAAAUUGCUUAAAGACCUUAAAGGCGUAAACAUAAAAAAAAAGA